UUCACCUGGGUGAUCCGUUAGGAUUGAACGAGUUAUCACCGAACGGGAACGACACAUCUAUAUUUAAUUUGGUACCAGCCCAGGGCGGGAGAAGAAUUGAUUAGAAGUAGGUCAGCUGUGUUAGUUACUGUUAUUUAUCUGUGAUGUACUGUUGUAACUAUCGCGCAAGUUGUGUAUGCAUUGAAAUUAUUAGAAAUUACGUAAUAUAAUUAAGGACACUAAAAUGACAAGUACAUUUGUAAAGAAGUGUAUUUGGAAUAGUUUCUCUAAGAUAACCUACAAAAGUAGGGUUUUACGAUCAGCUUACUGUGAAAAGUUGUUAGAACAAUUUUCUUUUGUAGGUCUAGUGAAAAGUAAAUCAUUUUAUACAAGUCUUCUGCUGAAGUCGCAAAAUGAAUAUACAAUAACGUUCAUUAAAGCAAAUGGAGACCGCAUAACAACCAAAGGCAAAGAAGGAGAGAGUCUUUUGGAUUUAGUUGUCAAUAAUGAUUUGGACUUCGAUGGAUUUGGUGCAUGUGAAGGAACCCUGACUUGUUCGACGUGUCACUGUAUCCUCAAGCAGGAUGUUUUCGACAAAAUACCCAAUCCACCUAAUACUGAGGAGAACGAUAUGCUUGACCUGGCAUUUGGGGUAACUGAUACGUCCAGACUUGGCUGUCAGAUCAGAUUAUCAAAGGACUUGGAUGGUACAGAGGUGACACUUCCGGCGACAGUCAAUGACGCAAGAGCCAGUCAAUGACAGCUUUUACAGGUUCUAAUCUAUGACUAAACCAAAUACGGUGGUGUGAGAUGCACAGUAUGUACGCAUUAAAAGUGAGAUUAUUUGAAAUUACCAAGAAGCAGGGUAAUAUUUACAAUGUAUUCUCAAACCAAGUUAAGUUUUUGGAAUUUCUUAAAUAUGUACUUAAAAAAAAUCCAAAGACGAUUGUUAUAAUUUGUUUAGAGAAAUUUAAGUUUUUAAGUUUCAGAAUUUAUAAACAGUUUUUAUUGUAAGAUUUAUUUAAAUAAUGUUAUACUUAGUAGGUAAGGAACAAAUUCUGUUAAAAAUCACAUUCUGUUGUAGUAAUAUAAAUAUAUAUAUUUUAUAAAUA